AUGUUGGACGAACUGAAGAAAGCGAAAGUGAUUGAAGUGGUCAGUCGUGUCGGACUUAUAGUGCUCAACACCAUAGCCAUCGUGAGCGCCAUUGUCUACGGCCUCUCCUCACAGACCACCAAAACCAAUGAUAUAUCCUUCAGUUUAUCCAUACUUAUCACAUAUUUGGUGGCCAUUGUCUUAGUCGGCGCUUUUGGGGUAGGAGUGGCCGCCUAUCGACGCGACGGUAUGCCUUCAGAGCGGCACCACUUGAUGGCCACCCGGUAUGCGAUCAUAUGCUCUAUAAUGAUAGCCAUAGGUUUGGUGGGCCUAUUGUUUUGGUGGCCAUACAUGAGAACCGGUGACAUAGUGUUCGCCACAAUUAUGGUCACCAUUGGUCUGAUAUCGCAGCCCAUGGCCUACGCGUACGCCUAUGUGCUCAAGAAGUUGUCCAAACUUGGCCCGUGGGAGGACGACGGCCAGGCGCUGACCCCACCGAUGGGUUUCCUGUCGUACACCGGGUUUGACACCGACGAGAAUUGCGAGAAAUACCCGCACGACUGCGUCAACGAACAGCUAUACAAGGAUAUGGCCGACCGACUCGUGGCCGACGGCUUUUACGCUCUCGGCUACCGGUAUGUCAACAUCGAUGACCGCUGGAGUGAACUCAAGCGCGACCCACAGACCCGUCGAUUGCUGCCCAAUAAGAAGCGAUUUCCCGGCGGUAUUAAAGCGCUGGCCGACUAUAUGCACGCCAAGGGACUUAAGCUGGGCAUCUAUGGCGAUAUUGGUAACGCUACUUGCAGCAACACAUACCCUGGUCAAAACAACCACGAGCCGGGUGGCCACGACUAUUUUGAUGUGGAGCGGGUCUGCAAACGGCUCACCCCGCAGCUGAGCCAUAAAAUGUUAAUGGUAUGCGAGUGGCCAUUCUUCCAGUACGUGUUUGAUCCGCAUAUAGACCCGAACUAUGACGCGAUCGCUAAGACGUGUCACUGUUUCCGCAAUUACAAGGAUGUGAUGGACUCGUGGGCGUCGGUCGACGAGAUUAUCAAAUACUACGGCGAUUACAACGACCUCUUCAUCAAACAUAACGAUGAGCUAACAAUUGGCAACUCGGGCCUGUCGUGGCACCAGAGCCGCACCCAAAUGGCGAUGUGGUGCAUGUGGUCGUCACCACUGCUCAUGUCUACCGAUUUGCGCGCACUUAAGCCCGAAAUGAAGACCAUUCUCCAGAACAAGGCGCUGAUCGCCGUGAAUCAGGACAAACACGGUAUUAUGGCCAAGAAAGUGUAUGCCGACGGGGACACACAGGUGUGGGUAAAACCGGUGGAGCCCGUGAUGAAUGGCCAGUGGUCGUACGUGAUCACUUAUUUGAAUAGACACCCGAUGGGUCACCCGACUUAUAUGGCCCACAAAGUGUCUGAUAUGAUACCGACGGCCAAACCGGGCACCAAAUACGAGAUCCACGACCUGUUCAUCGAUGAGGGUAAAGAAGUGUUGGGCAGUAUUACCACGAGUGACACUUUGGAAUUGUUGGUGCAUCCGUCCGGUUCGGUUAGGGUUGUCAAGCUUUUGGUUCAAUGA